AUGUUCGAUAUAUCCGAUGAGAAAUGCGACAUAAAAGCGACAAUCGUUAAAGUUUAUGCAGAUCAAGACGGACUGCAAAGAAAGGAACAUUUUCAAACAUCAAGUUUUCUAGAUGGAACUGGAAGUAUAAUUUAUAGGGUUGGUGAUGAUUUACGACCUCGUAUGAAAAGCAGACUCGGCGUAUUAUGCAGUUUCGGAGAUUGCGGAAGAGGAUAA